CACACCGGCAGACGCACCGCAGGAAUCAAGAAGAGCCUGUGGGGCAGCUUUCUGUGAGCGUUUACCACUGUACAACAAGACAACAGGUACGGACCUGGAUUGCCCUCAUCGAGUUCUCACGAUGUGCAAGUUUUGCAGCUUGAAAUGCUUGUUCAUUUUCUUCAACACAAUCUUCCUGGCAUCUGGGGUUGCCCUCAUCACCAUCGGAGUGCUGCAGUACUCAACCUACUCACAGAUAGGCACUUUUGCAGGGAGCGGCCUGUCAAAAAUCGCCAUAGUCCUCAUUACAGUAGGCGUCAUCAUAGCCUUCGUCUCCUUCUUGGGCCAUGCUGGGGCAUUCUUUAACAACUCUUCUAUGGUGGCUUGUUUCAUCUGUAUCCUGAUAAUCAUCAUCCUUUUGGAGAUACUCACCGGGGCUGCUUUUUACAUAUUCCGCAGCAGGACCGCCCUCCUGCAGAUGAACAGCGCUAUCAACACCAAAGCACAUGGGGUGAUCAAUGAAUAUCGCCAAGAGAACAGACAUGCCAUCAACAGAAUUCAGGAAAAGUUCAGCUGCUGCGGUGCAGACAGCAGCGCUGACUGGUCCACAAGUGUGGGCUGGGAAAACCACGAUGCCGUGCCAGAUUCCUGCUGCGUGGUGAAGAGCGAUGGCUGCGGGCAGGACAAGCAGAAAGCACACACCAAGGGCUGUAUUCAGGCUAUCAAGCUCUUUCUGUUGAAAAACCUGGUGUGGGUCGGUGCUGUCUGCAUUGCUCUUGGAAUCACAGAGGUUUUUGGAGUAUUAGUUGGGGUCUGCUUGUGUCUGCAAAUAAAACAAAAAAACUAUGAAAAUCUCAGCUGAUGUGCCAGAGUGCCCAAGUACAGAUGACUUCCCACAUGGCUGACUUUUUUUCUUUUGUUUAAAUUGGAUCUAUUUUAUUUGCUUUUUUAGCUUAUUUCUUCUAGAUUAUGCAUUGUUGUUUCCAUGUUGUCUCAGAUGUCUAAAAUGUGACGCAAUGACUAAAUGUGCAAUUGAGAUCUGAUUAUGUUGCAUUUGAUUGCUGGAAAAGUUCCCUACUGAUCUAUCUGACAAAUUGAACUUGCUUUUGGUCUAUUAUGGUCUUGAAAACAUCUGUUAUAACAGACUUACAUUUAAAUAUUCAAUAAAUGUGUGAAAGUCUCUGGUUAAGUGGUUGUGUGGAUGUGCAAGUUUACAUUUUGCUGAUAAUACUCAC